AUGGAAUCCUUCUUUAUCGUCACAUCACUCUGCGUUGCUUUGCUCUGCUUUGCAGGAAGUCCAUGGACGAACAAGUGGGUGCCAAAUUUCCAACAAGCGGGCAUCCAUGCUAAUUCAAUGAAUUCACUUCAAUCUCUCCUCUCUCUCUCUAUCUUUUGCUUUCCUUUUAUAUUCCAAUCACUUUUCCAGUUUUUUUCCCCUUCCCUUCCAGUGAUGAUCAUGGAGGAGGAGAAGAAUCCUUAUCUCUACUCUUCUCUGUUCUCCCUUCUUUUCGUCUUCUCCAACUUUGGAGAAGCUGCAGGCUCUCACUGCCCUUCCUUUUCUUGUGGUCGGCUCCAUAACCUCAGCCACCCUUUCCGCCGGAAAGGCGAUCCCUCCAGAUGUGGAAGACCAGCUUACGAGCUCAACUGCGCCGGCGACGAAGCCGUCAUCCACAUCGGUGCUGCAGACUACUACGUUACCCAAGUGGAUCGUGAACACUACUAUGACGAAAUGAUUGGAUUGUCUCUAGUGGAUCCUAAUUUCUCGGUCAACGGAACCUGUCAUCUCCCCUCUCAAACUUUACUGCAAUUGGAUACGCACGGCGAGUUCAUUUUCGAAGAUCAGACAGCUUGUUUCAUGAAUUGCACUAAAGAAAUCCAUGCUAGCAGUUACGUACCUGUACCUUGCCUGAGCAGCCACAGCGACAGCAGUUUUACCUAUGUCGUAGUUGGACGGUGGGCAUACGAACUACGACACCUCCAAUCCUCAUGCAAACCUUUGGCUUGUGUUCCCGUGCUUGUCGAUUCUUCCUUGUCGUACCCUUCUCUUAUGAAGAAUAUUUCUGCAGCUGAAGUGCAUUCAAUCCUACAAAAGGGGUUCCGUUGUUACACAAUCCGUCCUCCCUCCCUAUCCGUGGUUAUUCGUAGGUGUCUAAAUGAGACUUUUUUAAGAUUCUCGCAUCAUCACUACUCGGUACGCUCUGUUGUUUCCUACUUAAUUAGAGGCGAGAUACGAUUUUUCGACUGCGCGAAGAGUUACUUUGGUUACUCCAGCAGGAGUUUUAAACUGAUAACGGUUGCAGAGAUAUCAACUCAGAUUGUGCUUAUCUUGAUAGCUCUAAUGCUGCUCGGUCGGUAUCUGCUCGCGCCCAUGAUAGUUUUAAUCUUCCUUGCCUACAAACUAUGGCUCGCUAAAGGGGAGAUUGAUAUCGUAGAGAGGUUUCUUCGUAACCAUCAAGUAUUAGUGCCGAAGAGAUAUGCCUACUCUGAAAUAGUCGCGAUCACAAGGCAUUUUAGAGAUAAGUUGGGACAAGGAGGAUUUGGAUCCGUGUUCAAAGGAGAGCUCCCUGGUGGUGUUCUUGUCGCUGUCAAAUUGUUGGGGGAUUCCAAAUUGAAUGGCGACGACUUCAUCAAUGAAGUUUCAACUAUCGGAAAGAUUCAUCAUGUUCAUGUGGUGAGACUAGUUGGAUUUUGUGCUGAAGAUUCCAAAAGAGCAUUGGUCUAUGAGUACAUGGUUAAUGGCUCGCUUGAUAAGUAUAUUUUUGCCAACAGAACAAGCAAUAUGUUUACCUCAAACAAACUCAUUGAGAUUGCCACUGGUAUUGCAAGAGGCAUCGAUUACUUGCAUAGGGGAUGCGAGAUGCAAAUUUUACACUUCGACAUCAAGCCUCAUAAUAUUCUGCUCGAUCGUAAUUUCAAUCCAAAGAUCGCAGAUUUUGGAUUGGCAAAAUUAUACCCGAGGAACAAAGCUCUUGUGUCGGUUAGUGUCGCAAGAGGAACAAUAGGAUACAUAGCUCCUGAACUAAUAUCUAGAAGCUUUGGAGUUAUAUCUUACAAGGCCGAUGUGUAUAGCUUUGGAAUGUUGCUAUUGGAAAUGGCAGGAAAGAGGAGGAAUGUAAAUCCUCACAUGGAGAAUUCAAGCCAAGUUUACUAUCCCUCUUGGAUUUAUGACAAACUCUCUCAAUUAGAUGAGGCACGACUAGAUAACACAUUUGAGAUAGAAUCUUUGGAGAAAAAGUUGGCCUUAAUUGGAUUGUGGUGCAUUCAAACUACAUCAUACGAUCGGCCGACAAUGAGUAGAGUAUUAGAGAUGCUAGAAACUGAUGUUGAGACUUUACCGUUGCCACCCAAGCCGUUUCAUUCCUCGACCGAUACAAUUCCAAUAGGUGAGCCUUGCUCAAAUUCGACAACCAUCGAGUUAGAAAGCAUUUCAGAAUGAGAAAUCAUUGUUUGUCAUUUGGAUGUGUCUUUGUAUAUCUCUUAAUGUUAUCGUCCGUAAGUUAAGUCUUUACUUUCAGCUAAGGGUGUUGUUACUUAAAAGUAUAAGAACCUUGUUUUGGGUUUACAAACUUUGUUAUAAUUCCUUUUGAAAUGUAUUUAUAGUAAACUCAUAUUCAGUUUAAUUA